AUGGCCGCCGAGACCGCGAGAUCCACCGGCACGGUCAAGUGGUUCAGCGCCCAGAAGGGCUUCGGUUUCAUAUCCCCGGAGGACGGCGGCGAGGAUCUCUUCGUCCACCAGACCUCGAUCCAGUCCGACGGCUUCCGCACCCUCUCCGAGGGCCAGACCGUCGAGUUCGUCGUCGAGUUCAGCGAGGACGGCCGCACCAAAGCCGUCGACGUCGUCAACCUCACCCGAUCCCGCCGCCCCGGAUACGACCAAGGAGGACGUGGCCGUGGAGGCGGGAGGGGCGGCCACCGCGGUGGUUAUGGGAGGUCUGGCGGGGGCCCAGAGGAAUAUAGUGUGGCCAGAGGAGGCGGGAGGGGUGAUGGCUACGGCGGUCGUGGAGGUUAUGGUGGCGGUGGUCGUGGCGGUGGCGGUGAGUGCUACAAUUGCGGUGAAGUUGGGCAUUUGGCGAGGGAUUGUUACGAGGGCGGAGGUGGGGGUGGGAGAUUUGGCGGCCGUGGUCGAGGUGGAGGUAGAGGUAGAGGCUACGGUGGAGGCCGGGGCCGUGGUGGUGGUUGUUAUAAUUGUGGAGAGGAUGGGCAUUUGGCCAGGGAAUGCCCUAAUGAUCAGAAAUGA